GGCGUCGUGGGUGGCCGUCAGGCCCUCGAGCAUCUUUUGCAUGGCAGGGCUGAGGCGGUCAUAGAUCUCGUAGCCCGAGGCCCAGAGGGUGUCGCCUCCGGUCGGGGGCAGGGUGUGGAUCUUGAGCAUGGCGUAGUCGGACGGCACGGGCUCAAACGAGAUGUCGGUGUGCCAGGCGGCCGAUGCCAGGCGCGACACGUCGGAGAGCAUGUGGGUCAGGCCGCCGCCCUUCUUUUGCUUCUCGGACGAGAUGACCGAGAUCUGGUCGCCCAGCUCUGAGCCCUCCUCCGUCAGGGGGUGGACGUGCAGACCUGAUGAUUCGGGCUAGAGGGCACUGUUAGCGUUCAUGGCCUGUAGAGUUAUGAGAGGGCACGGGGGGUUCACAUACGCAACCUGCCAGUUUGCGCAACAAUAACUCACUCGUCACGGCAAGGUCUCUUAUAACGUGGUCUUCAGCCUUGAGCAAGUCUCGAACCUGCAGGCCCUCGAAUUCCGUGCCAAUCACAGGUGUAACGUCGGCCUGUUUGUACUGGUCGAGGCUGCCCGAGUAUACAAUGGGCUGUGUGCGUCUAGUCCGGGCGGCGGCAUUGCCGCCAAAAAUAUUGGAGUCCGCUACCAGGUCGGUAGCCGGGAUGUUUAUCGAGGGCAUUGUGAAGGAGAGGACUGGUUUUUUCAGUCGGAACUUAUUUUACUACACAAGAUGUUGUCGGCCGUGAUGCGAGUGUUUGCAAUAACGGAUGACGUGGGUUCAAGAAGGGGUGAUGAUACAAGAAAGCACUUUUUUUUUGGCUCGGGAAUGGAGAACUAGGGACCAGCCAAUGCACCUCGGAAUACUGGCGUCACAAGGUAUCUAUAUCAAGCCAAGUGAGGGGCCGCGAUCGGGAACAGCGAACUGCGACGAUGGCUUAGCGUCCCACCCAGGGAAACCUGGCUCAUGAUUCGAUCAUGUUUGGAGAAGCUAUCAUCCCCCCAUUUCUUGGGGGGCAGGAGGGCGAAGUGGCACCCGGAAAGCGUCGGAGGUGCUGGUUUUGUCAGCCAGUGUACAGCGACGAUUGUUUUUUGCUUGGAAACAAGCAAGACAUCAGCCUCCUCACUUUCAUGCACAGCAACAUCACGACGGAGUGGUCAAGGUGGUGAAGUUGGAGUUGUGGAGUUUAGGCCACAGAAAGGGCGGGUCGUUUGCAGUCGAGACCAGCAAGCAGCGGAGAAAAUAUCGGAGUUAUCCUCUUGCGUCAACGCCGCCAAAAUGAAGACAUACCGGCCAAGUGUCCGUGGAGAGGCAAAGACCCGUCGCACAUGCUACCUCAACCCCGCAAAAAUCUCCUAACCCAACCGUCAGCGUGCGGGGGUCUUGCCUGACAAGCCUGUGCCUGGCCACUCGGAGCAGGACCAGGACCAGGGGGUAACGUUCCCAAUCCGGUAGCUUUCAUGGAUGUCAAGUCUUUCUGGCCUGCGCCCGCCAGCCGUAUGGAUACAAGAGACAAUCUACUGAAAGGGAAAUGAGAGCGUCGCGCGCUCAGUGACGUGAUUUAUCAAGUCGUUUUCGAGAUGGCUUGACCUGCUAGGGGUACAAAUAAAAGGGCUGCCGCCAUUUCUCUGUUGGGUUCUCUGUUGGGAAAGCCUUCAAAAGACUUCUUUGUUUGGGCAGGCACAUUUCCUUUUUGCAUCCUCAGCAGCUUUUCAGUGGUGAACACACCAUCCUAGAUAUCUGAUUGAUCAUCAGGCGGAUAUUGUGUGUGCACUGUCAGGAACCAUGGCUGCCGACCCUGACCAGAAAGUGGUCUCCGAAGGCCCGGCCAUCACCGGUGACAGCGACAAGUUGUCCUCGCCGCCGUCGAUUGAACAUGCCCAAGUCGUCAACAUCGGGCGCGAGAAUCUCGGCGAGGUUCUUCCACCCCACGAGAGCUACGAGGGCCGUCACCGAUUCGACCCGACGGCAACGUGGACCAAGCAGGAAGAGCGCAGGGUGGUGCGCAAGACGGACAUGUACCUUCUCUCGUGGCUCUGCGUCAUGUUCUUUGGUCUCCAGCUCGACCGCGGAAACCUGUCCAAUGCGCUGGCCGACGGCUUCCUCGCCGACAUGGGCCUGACGACAGACGACUACAACAACGGCACCACCAUCCAGAUCAUAUUCUUCCUCGCGGCCGAGUUCCCCGUACAGCUGGCCGCCAAGAGGUACGGCUUCAAGUACAUCCUGCCCAGCCUGAUGAUGGCCUGGGGCACCGUGUCCUGGGCGCAGGCCUGGCAGCACGACCGCGCCAGUUUCCUGAUCUGCAGGGCCCUGAUCGGCCUCUGCGAGGGUGGCUUCAUCCCGGCCACCAUUCUCUUCUCGACAUACUUUUACACGUCCAAGGAGCUGGCCGUGCGUCUUGCCGCCUUUUGGUCGACGCUCAAUGUCGCCCGUGUCAUCUCGGCUCUGCUUGCAGCAGGUAUCUUGCAGAUGCGCGGCGUUGGUGGACACCCCGGUUGGUUCUGGCUCUUCUUGCUCGAAGGUCUUUUGACUUGCCUGAUUGCUGGUAUUUCCUAUGUCUACCUCCCCUUUUCGCCGACAGCCACCAAGGGAGGUCUUUGGCGUAAAUCAUGGUACACGGAGCGCGAGGAGGUCAUAAUGGUCAACCGCAUUCUCCGCGACGAUCCCGCAAAGGGCCGAACAGCACUGAAGGAGGCGAUCAAGUGGAAGGACAUCCUCGACGCCUGGAAGGACCCCUCGGUCUGGGGACUCUACUUUAUGGGCCUCGUCGCCUACAUUCCCGCCACUCCGGUGCAGGCGUACCUUACAUAUCAGCUCCGCCAGCUCGGCUACUCGACCUUUGACUCCAACAUGCUCACGAUCCCAUCCGCUGCGCUCCAGAUCAUCACGAUGUUGGCCUUGGCAUACAGCAGCGACUACUUCAACGAGCGCACCUUCCACUGCUUCUUUGGCGAGGCGUGGAUCCUGCCCCUGCUGGCCGCCAUGCUGGCGAUCCCGGACGGCGGCCGGCCGUGGGAGCGCUUCUCGCUCGUGACGCUCAUCUCGGGCUACCCGUACUUCCACCCCAUCAUCUCGUCCUGGAUCUCGGAGAACACGUUUGACGUCAAGAAGAGGGCCGUGACGGCGGCGACGUACAACGUCGUGGUGCAGGUGGGCUCCAUCACGGGGUCGCAGAUUUACAGAACCUACGACGCCCCUUACUACAAGCGCGGCAACGCCGUGCUCAUCUCCAUCUGCGCCCUCAGCCUCGUCACGCUGCUGGUGCAGAGGACGGUGCUGAAGACGCUCAACAAGCGCAAGGAGAGCAAGUGGGCUACCAUGUCCGAGGCCGAGCGUGCCGCGUACCAGAACGACACCGAGGCAAGGGAGAAGGACGGCAACAGGCGGUUGGACUUUCGCUUUGUUUACUAAUAGGGAUUUGCCAACAAAAAUAGAAAAUGCGGGCCUUGUCGCCAUCUACUCUAUCUACGGUAUUACUGGUCUAGAAGUAGUUGGAUUUUGGCUGAGGCUUGUGUCAAAACACCCAAGCACGUAGAGCUGUCAUGUUCGUGUUUGUCAAUGUUGAAUAUCCAUUCCCCAACAUCAGUCCCCACCC